UACAACAACGAAUUGGAACAUGCUAUAGGAGCUGCAAUCCGGUCAAUGGGUCCUGAGAUUGUGUUAAAUGUUGUUUCACUAAAGAAAGACAAUGGAGACUUGAAUAUAGAUAGAUCUUGGCUCUUACCUGUACUAAAAGAAAAUAUAAAAAUAUCUACAUUGGAGUAUUUCGUUAAAGGGAUAUUGCCAUUAGCGCUUUACUGUCAUCGGAGAUCUGUUCAGUUGGCCGAAUCGAAUGAUGGUAUUGGGGCCCACAGUUCAGAGUUAUUAUAUUUGCAGUUAUGGAAUUUAUUGCCAUGUUUCUGUAAUCAUCCCACCGAUAUCAAGAACAGCUUUAAGGAGGAGUGGGAGGAGUGGGAGUGGGAGGAGUCGGAGUGGGAGGAGUCGGAGUGGGAGGAGUCGGAGUGGGAGGAGUGGGAGUGGGAGGAGUCGGAGUGGGAGCGAGAGUGGGAGGAGUCGGAGUGGGAGCGGGAGUGGGAGUAG